AUUGAAUUAUAGACAUGGCGACGAGUUUGCUCAUACUGCUAGUUUUCAAUGCUUGGGUGGCAAGUGUUGCCAGUGAUGGUCACACAAAGACUGAUUCCGUUGUCAUUGUUGGUGCUGGUAUCUCUGGGAUCAUGGCCGCCAGAACUUUGUCACAAAAUGGCAUCAAUGAUUUUGUGAUUCUCGAAGCUACGGAAAGGAUUGGUGGCCGUAUGAGAGAAGAGGCAUUUGCUGGAGGAAUUGUAGAGAUUGGUGCGAAUUGGGUUGAAGGAGUUCAUGGCUCCAAAGUAAAUCCUAUUUGGACUCUGGCAAACAAGUACAAUCUUACUUCGUUUUACACGGAUUUCAGCAAUCAAAGCAGCAACAUCUACACAAAAAUUGGAUACAUUGAUCCCUCCACAAUUACAAAGGAGACGACAAUGGCUGAAGCAGAGAAGGAGUAUGUGACGAAUCUGGCCAUCUCUAAAACUAAAAACGGGGAACAAGACAUAUCCAUUCUUACAGGACAGCGGCUAUUCGGAAGCGUUCCUCAGACUCCUAUAGAAAUGUGCUUGGAGUAUCAAAAUUACGACUUUGAAUUUGCAGAACCACCUAGAGUCACAAGCUUGGAGAACACACACCCAAAUCCAACUUUUAGAGACUUUGGGGACGACGAAUACUUUGUAGCGGACCCUCGUGGCUACUCUCAUAUCGUUCACCAGUUAGCUGGAGAUUUUCUUCAAACCAGAAAUGGAAAAAUUACAGAUCCUCGCCUUUUGCUGAACAAGGUUGUAAGAAAGAUUGAAUAUAGCAAGGAUGGAGUGAAGCUCUUGACUGAAGAUGGAUCAACUUACUUUGGCAAGUUUGCUAUUGUCACAGCAAGCUUGGGAGUUCUUCAAAGUAGUCUGAUUAAAUUUCAACCAGUUCUUCCAGAUUGGAAAGUGGAAGCUCUUUUCCAGUUUGAUAUGGCCAUAUACACAAAGAUUUUUCUUCGAUUUCCAUAUACAUUUUGGCCUAUUUAUCCAGGAGCUCAAUUCCUUAUUUACUGUGACGAGAGGCGAGGAUAUUACUCUACAUGGCAGCAUUUGGCGAAGGAAUUUCCCGGUAAAAAUAUGAUCUUCGUGACGGUCACAGAUGAGGAAUCUCGUAGGAUCGAGCAGCUGCCAGACAAAGAGAUUAAAGCCGAGAUAAUGUCGGUGUUGCGAAAAAUGUUUGGACCAAACAUCCCAGAGAUUGAGGAGAUGCUUGUCCCAAGGUGGGGAUCGAUGAAAUAUUUCAAAGGUUCUUACUCCAACUGGCCAAUCGGAGUGAGCGACAGUGAAUUCGAAGCAAUUCAGGCACCAGUGGAAACUCUCUACUUUGCGGGAGAGCACACAAGCCAAAAAUACAGUGGCUACGUACACGGUGCUUACUUGACGGGAAUCGAGGCUGGCAAAGACCUUGUUGCAUGCAUCAAGCACAAGAAAUGCCGCAAGUUUUCUCGGGAGAAACACAAAGAUUUGAAGAACUCGACUUGCAAAGCAGAGAUAGCAAAGGAAAGAGAAGCUACAAGGCAAGCAUGGACAAAGAAAAUGGACGCAGUACUAGCAAGUCACGAGAAUGGGAUGUGAACUUUAAACUUACAGUAUUGUAAACUUUGCACUCAUAUACUAUAAGUUUAUUAAAUGAAUGAUGUUAUAGUAUAUACUGGAA